GGUACCUUGUGGUAAAUAUAGGUAGGGCGUGCCCCGUAUACGAAACAAGUGCCUGUGCUAUUUAAUUUGUUAAUUGUUAUACUGAAUUUGACUAGAUAGGAUGUUCUGUCAGUGGCGUAUAUUCCAUAUAGGCUAAAGGCUGCAGCUUACACAUGAUUUUCUCAAGGUGUACAAAAAAUAUUUUGAUAGUUGCUGUCCUUGUGGCGUGCUUUAUGUCUUGCUAUGGCCAGAAGACUCAAUGCCUUUUAGAAGACCCAGUAGACAGGGAGAUUGAUGGGGGGAGUCGAGCCCAGACAACAGAUAUGAUGCAAAAGAUCGAUGCUGCUUUGGAAGAAAACACUGAAGUCAAAAAUUCAGUGAACGAAAUAUCAGCUGAAAGAGUAGAACCGAUCGAAAAUAAACACUUUGCCCUUGACACGUGUCCAAGGAAACUAGGUUUCAUCACUUUCGUUGUUGUUAACGAUGAAACGUGCUAUGUUGUGCUGCCGAAACUACAGAGGGUGACAUAUGCGAUCUGUGGAGUAAAUGAUUGCUAUGGGAGCAAAUUAUACAAGAGUACAUGCAUCAGAGAUGGAUGGACCAAGCUGAGGUUUUGGGUGUGGUGUCCAAAGCGUGGUUUCCAACUGGUUUCCAGGUGGUACCCACAAUGCUGUUCUUGCUACAGAUGGCGCAGUUGCUUCGAAUUCACAACAGCAUAAAUGGCAUUAAUCAAACCUGAACUGCUCUUACAACUUUUCGUUUUUAAACAGUUGUUUAACUUUCUUUAUUACAUAUUUGAU